AUGAUUAUAGGCGUAGGAGUUGACAUUGUGCAUUUACCACGCAUUGCUGCCUUGAUUGCACGACGAGGCAGUGAUGGGCUUGCCAAGCGCAUACUAAGUCCAACAGAAUACACUGAAUUCACCGCAAAACACAAGGAUGAUCCAAGCGAAUUGAGAUAUUUGGGAUCCAGAUGGUGUAUGAAGGAAGCAGUGUACAAGGCAUUGUAUCCAGUGCACAAACUAGAGUGGAAGCAAGUGUCCGUUAUCAAGAAAGCAGGCAAGCCCCAUUUAUCCAUCUUAAACAGCAAUUUAUACGGCAUACAAAAAACACAUGUAUCACUAUCGCAUGAUGGAGAAUACGCCAUAGCCCAAGUGAUUCUGGAGGGAGCAUGA